UCUCUCUCUCUCUCUCUCUCUCUAAUCGAGUCAACAGAAAAGUCAAGCCUCCUGCCUCCUUUCGCAGAAACUGUAACCCAGAAAAAAAGAAUCUUUUAAUUCCAAUUUCCAUCCAUAAAAUUGAAAAAAGAUCUCACUUCUUUUCAUCUCAAUUGCGAAACAUUGUCAUGAAAAGACCCCUUUGAGGAUAAAAAAAAACCAGUGAACUUCUCUUCUCUCCCAAACUAAAUGGAGCUCCUAAACCCGGCCCACCUGCCUCACCAGGACCCGACGCGAGAACCCAUUUCAGGGUUCAGUUUCAGUCGUGAAGUUGACCGUCCGGCGAGUACCCGGUUGUCGGAAAUAGCAGAGGAAGCUGGUGGAGGUGGCGCUGGGGAAAAAGAUAAAGUUUUUGUAGCAGUGGGAAAGUCGGCCGAGAAAGCGGUUAAUUUGAUACUUUGGACAUUGGGGCGGUUUGGUGGUAAAGAUAUUUGUUUGCUUCACGUUCACCAGCCCUCUCCACUGAUCCCCACUUUAUUGGGGAAACUACCAGCAAGUCAAGCCAAUGAUGAAGUUGUUUCUGCUUAUAGAAGGAAGGAGAAGGAAGAAUUGAAGAAGCGUUUAGAAAAUUACUUGAGUGUUUGCAGAAAAUUAAAGGUGAAGACAAGCAUUAUCACCAUUGAAGCUGACCAGGUUCAUAAGGGAAUUUUAGAACUGGUUAAGAGACACAGUAUUAGGAACCUUGUUAUGGGUGCCACACCAGAAAAUUGCAGGAUGAUGAAAAAGAGCUCCAGCAAAUCAAGUUAUGUUGCUAGAAAUGCUCCCUGCUUCUGUGAUAUAUGGUUUAUCAACAAAGGGAAACUUGUGCGGACAAGGGAAGCCUCUGAAGACCCAGGUUCUUUGCCAUUAGUUGUUCAAGCCACUACUACUGCACAAAUGCUGGCUAACUCACUGCCACGUAGUAAGGUUGACUCUUUAGUCCACCCAGAAAAUCUUCAUUCUAAAUCUGCUCAAAGUAUAACCUUUGCCGGAACUACCCCAUUGACUGAGAGUGAACCAGAUCAUAUGGAUGUGUCCCUGACACCCACAUUAUCUAGUUUUGCCACUAGAUAUUCCCCCCACUACUAUCGGAUUUUCUCUAGCCCAAGUUGUACUUCUGGCUCCGAAAGUGCUUCUUCUGAAAUGACAUUGUCUUUAGAUUCUUAUUCAAAGUAUGAGGAGGAAAGUCUAUGCAGUCGGCUCAGAGAAGCAAGUAUGGAAGCUGAGGCAUCAAGGAAUGAAGCAUUAGCAGAGUCACUGAAAUGCCAAAAAUUGGAAUCAGAAGCUAUUGAAGCUAUCAACAAGCUCAAAGAUUUUGAAUCUGCCCAUGUUCAUGAAGUUAUACUUAGAAAACAAGCUGAGGAAGCCCUUAGAACUACCAUGCAAGGACAAGAAAAGCUCAUAAAAGAAAAAGAAGAAGUAACAAGAGAGCUACAGAAGACCAUGAGAAAUGUUGCUCUACUAAACAGUCGUGCUCAAGAAGCAAAUUGUAGGCAUGAUGAAGCUGAUGGAGAAUUGAAACUUAUCAAAGCAUCCAUUGCAACUUUACGACAGGAAAAGCAGAGAAUCAGACAGCAAAAACUGGAAGCUGUUCGCUGGUUAGAACGUUGGAGAAGUCGUGGGGAAGCUGGAGCUGCUACUUGUAAUGGUUUCAUUGGGCUUGUCGAAGAUUUGCCUGAGUUAGCUGUAUUUUCAUUGGCAGAUGUCGAAGCUGCAACAUGCAAUUUUUCUGAGAGCUUCAAAAUUGGAAUGGGAGGACAUGGUUGUGUUUACAAGGGGGAAAUGCUGGGUCGAACUGUUGCUAUAAAAAAGCUGUAUCCACAUAACAUGCAAGGGCAAUCAGAGUUUCGGCAGGAGGCUCAAGUUCUCAGCAAAUUACAACAUCCUCAUCUGGUGACUUUGCUUGGUGUAUGCCCUGAAGCCUGGUCCCUAGUAUACGAAUACUUACCCAAAGGAAGUCUCCAAGAUCGGCUUUUCAAGAAAACAAGUGUUUCUCCCCUGACAUGGGAGACCCGAGCUCGGAUAGUAGCUGAAAUCUCUAGUGCUCUUUGCUUUUUGCACUGUAACAAACCUGAAAAAAUUGUCCAUGGCGAUUUGAAACCUGAAAACAUUCUUCUUGAUUCAGAAUUAAGCUGCAAGAUAUGUGAUUUUGGUAUCUCAAGGCUGGUAACUGAGGAUACUCUAUAUUGCCCAAGUUUCCGACGUAGUAGUGAGCCAAAGGGUGCUUUUCCAUAUUCAGAUCCAGAGUUUCAUAGGAUUGGAGUCCUGACUCCCAAGUCUGAUAUUUAUGCCUUUGGGUUGAUCAUUCUACAGAUACUCACUGGGAGGCCACCAGUUGGGUUAGCAGGUGAGGUGCGGAAAGCUGUGUCAUGUGGUAAAUUAGCAUCAAUUCUGGAUACAUCAGCUGGAGAAUGGCCUACGUUUGUGGCAAGGCGUUUGGUGGAUCUAGGGCUGCAAUGCUGUGAGUUGUAUGGUAGGGAUCGGCCUGAUCUAAGACCAUCUCUGGUGAGGGAACUGGGGCAGUUGCAUAUCUCUGAGGAGCGGCCAGUGCCAUCUUUCUUUUUGUGCCCGAUCCUUCAGGAAAUAAUGCAUGACCCUCAAGUGGCAGCAGAUGGAUUCACAUAUGAAGGAGAAGCCAUACGUGGCUGGUUGGAAAAUGGCCGUGAAACUUCACCCAUGACCAAUUUGAAAUUGAGUCACUUGCAUCUUACUCCUAACCACGCAUUACGUCAGGCAAUUCAAGACUGGCUUUGCAAAGCUUGAAUUCUCUCUAUUCCGUGCAUGCAUGUAGCCUAUGUUAUAAGUGUAUAUAGUAGCAUCCUAGCUUCACCAUUGUAGAUUAUGCAACGAUUGGGGAUUGGUCACACUGAUUUCUUUGCCAUCAAGUUAGGCUUCAUGCAUCAUGGUUGUGUACCCAAGUAACCCAACCAAAAACAUAGGCAUUGACCAAAUCAGAAUGAGGGUGUCAUAUAGUGUGCAAGAAACGGAUUCUAAGAAUCUUUGUUUGGCAUGGACAGACAAGCACUUGGAAGUCACAGGGUGUUGGUAUACUAUAAUGUGCAGUCAUCAAUGAUAGAAAAUUCAUUUGUUUUACCUUGUACAAUGAUCAAUAUAACUAUAAAAAUUAAAGUUUGAGGUUGUUUAUGGCUUUGUAAACUAUUGGAGGAAAGGAUGCUGAUUUAGAUGUAUCAAUCAUAUAUGUUCAUAUGUUGUAAGUCACUAGUAUUUUGAAGGACAAUCAGAAACCUUGUAUCUGAUUGUGUGCAUUUUAUCUCUACGCUAUUCCAGACAUUUUGUGAAGUUGAUUGUU